ACUUUUUUUCUCUUGAUAAGAAUAGCCGCCGCUUUAAUACCCGGCGCUAGACUAUUUUGAACGAUAGUCCAGGCUUCAAGCUUCCGCGUGUAAAGGUUAGAUACCAGUAGCUACCUACUCUACUGUACAUGACAACUUUGAAGCAUCAUAAUUUCUUCCACGUCUUGAUUUCACACCUAAACAACCACGGUACCUGUUGAUUUAAAUUCACAAGUAGCCAUCGUCUUGAAAUACCCCAUCCUUCAAAUUCAGAUACCAAGUCAACUUCUUCAAGAUGUCGGGUAGCGCGGGUUACGACAGACACAUCACGAUCUUUUCUGAUCAAGGAAGAUUAUACCAAGUCGAGUAUGCUUUCAAAGCUAUCACCGCUGCGAACAUUAUGUCUGUAGGCAUUCGAGGAAAGGAUUGUGCCGUUGUUUUGUCUCAAAAGAAGGUUCCCGAUAAGCUCAUUGAUCCAUCAUCCGUCUCCCACAUCUUCCAAUUGUCACCAUCCGUGGGAUGCGUCAUGACAGGUUCUAUCGCAGAUGCCAGAGCCUCUGUUCAGAGAGCUAUUGGUGAGGCUGCCGAAUUCAGAUACAAGUUUGGAUACGAGAUGCCGUGUGAUGCCCUGGCAAAGAGGAUCGCCAAUAUUAGCCAAGUUUAUACCCAAAGAGCAUACAUGAGACCGUAUGGUGUUGCAACCACGUUGAUAUCGUUGGAUUCUGAAUUUGGUCCUCAACUGUACAAAUGUGACCCGGCUGGCUACUACACUGGUUAUAAGGGAACAGCUUCGGGUCCAAAACAGCAGGAGGCGUUCAAUCACCUGGAGAAAAAGCUCAAGAACAAGGAUUGUGCAGAAGGUAGCUGGGAAGAUGUAGUAGAAUUAGGCAUCACAACUUUGAGCACAGUUCUCAGCGUCGAUUUCAAGAAAGGAGAAUUGGAGAUUGGUAUUGUUGGGGGGCCAAGAAAGGACGGAAAGGAGGGUACAGAUCCGGGCUUCAGGGCUUUGACUGAAGAGGAGAUCGAUGAGAGGUUACAAGCAAUCGCAGAAAAAGACUAGCUGCCAAUCAUGAGUAAAGCGAUGAGGCAACUAUGGAAUACGUUCGGUAAUACCGGCGAAUGACUGAUCAAGAAAUACUAUUGCUAUGAAAUUCAAUUAUGAUACCAAUCUGCAUUUGAUACUGAGCAAUGGUAGACGAGAAAGC